UUUUAUUUCGGAAAAUAAAUUAGCGCAGCCCGAUAACGUGUUUGGGCUAGCCCAACCCAGCCCAUUUGGCCCACUAAGGAAACCCUAACCCUAGCCAUCUUCUAUAAAUAGGGGUGCUCACUUGGAAAUUUUCCACUCCCACCCCUCAAAAAUUUCCAGCCGCCACUCUCUUCUUCCUCCUCUCCCACACGCACAGCCCUCUCCUCUCCUGUUCAUGGCGCAGAGAAGCUCUCCGACGAGCUGCUCCCAUGGCGCCAACCUUCCCUGCGGCGAGCUCCUUCCUCCAGGCACCCAUGCCGCCGAGCUCUCCUUCACGGUGCGGGCGAGCUCCCUCCUCGGCUGCUUCCAGCCCAACUCAGUGCCCUUGCUGCAGGCGAGCAGCAGGCUCCCUGCUCCACGCGCCUCCCCAGCCAUGGCGUCCUGCUUCCUCCCAUGGCGCAGGAGAUGCCCCAGCGAGCUCCCUUCCCUUCCCCAUGGCUCGAGCUCGAGUUUCCUCAUGGCGCUGCCUCCCUGUCCAUGGCGACGCAGCAGCUCCCUCCCAUGGCGCCCCCUGCUCUUCCUUCUUGGCGCCCAGAAAUUGCAGCAGCAUCUCCCUCCCCCAAACUGCUCUUGCCAUGGCCGAUUCUUCCCUGCGCCCUACUCUCCCAUGGAAAUCCAGCAAGAGCCCCAUUUCCUCCAUGGCCGGCGCCCCGCGCAGCGCCUCUGCGCGACUCUCCCUCCCCAAACAGCGAGCCCCCUUCCUCGCUGCUCGUCGUGGUGCCCGCCGGCUGUUCGGUAAAAUGCGCAGCAAGCCGCGCGCUGCAGCAGCCCUCCCGUUCGAUCUCCACUCCCCUCGUCGCGUGUCGUCGCUCUCGUGCUCGCUGCGCAGCCCCAUCCGCGACGCCGUAAGUCCUCGCUAGGCGUUGCCGCGGAGCCACGCGCGAUGCCUGUUUCGGUGAAGCCCCUAAACCGUGGACGCAUGUGCAACGCGAAUCCGAGUUUGACAGGUUGAUAGAUUUAUGAUUUACUAUUGAUGUGUUUCGAUUGAUGGCAUGCAUACAAAUAUGGUGUAUAUUGAUGUUGAAUAUGUGUGGCUGCGAUAGUUAUUUUGUACGUCAUAAGAAUUGGUCGCAGAUGUAUUAAUUGAUUGUUAAAAUGCUCGUCGUAAAAUAUUGUGUUCGCGCGGCAAAUUUUAAAUAAAGCCUAAAGCAUGCUCGGUGACUUCCGUAGUCGGCUAA